GGCCUAAUCGAAUCAUGCACGGUUUUAAAAGAAGCUCAACGCGUCAAGAUAGGGUCUAGGGACACCCUUUCUAGCUUCUGAAUCAACUUUACCUCUUCGGAUUUCGCAGAUUUCUCUCAUAAACCAGCCAAAGCAACGCUCGCGAUUCUUUCAUCUCAUUCCUGCUGAACGUAUUUUCUUGGAAAACAUAUUCAUCUCUUGACCUGUUUGAGAAGAGGAAAAAGAGAGGUCAACAGAAAAGGAAGCUGAUAAUACUGAACGUAUUUUCUUGGAAAACAUAUUCAUCUCUUGACCUGUUUGAGAAGGGGAAAAAGAGAGGUCAACAGAAAGGGAAGCCGAUAAUACUGAACGUAUUUUCUUGGAAAACAUAUUCAUCUCUUGACCCGUUUGAGAAGGGGAAAAAGAGAGGUCAACAGAAAAGGAUCCUUCGACGUCGAUCAUCUUCAUCCUUCGUUUUCCUCCAUUACCCCAACAUCAAAGCCAUGACUGAAGAAUCGGGUAUGUUUAUGGUUCCCCAAACAGUCGGAAGCGUUCUUUGUUGCAGAUGUGGCAUUCCAAUGGCACCAAAUGCUGCCAAUAUGUGUGUCAAGUGUUUGCGCUCCGAAGUUGACAUCACGGAAGGUCUUCAGAAGCAUGUAAUCAUAAUCCAUUGCCCUGAGUGUGACAGCUACUUGCAGCCACCGAGAACUUGGCUCAAAGCCCAAUUAGAAUCAAAGGUGCUGUUGACAUUCUGCGUAAAGAGGCUGAAGAAUUUGAAUAAAGUAAGAUUGGUGCAUGCGGAGUUCAUUUGGACCGAACCCCAUUCCAAGAGGAUCAAGGUCAAAUUGAAAGUUCAGAAAGAGGUUCUUAACGGAGCAAUACUUGAACAAUCGUACGUGGUCGAGUAUGUUCAGCAAGAACAUAUGUGUGAACCCUGUUCAAGGAUUCAGGCCAAUCCGGACCAGUGGGUUGCAGCCGUGCAACUGCGCCAACAUGUUUCUCACCGGCGAACUUUCUUUUACUUGGAGCAGCUGAUUCUGAAGCACAAUGCUGCUGUCUCUGCCAUAAAGAUCCAGCAGAUGGAUCAAGGGAUUGACUUCUUUUUCUCAAACCGGAGUCAUGGUGUGAAGUUUGUGGAGUUCGUUGGUAAAGUUGCUCCAGUUAGGAGUCGCAAUGACAAACAGCUUGUUUCCCACGAUACUAAGAGCAAUAACUACAAUUACAAGUACACUUUCUCUGUUGAAAUCUGUCCGAUAUGUCGUGAGGAUUUGAUCUGUUUGCCUCCAAAGGUUGCAGCUAGUUUGGGAAAUCUAGGUCCUCUUGUGAUUUGCACCAAAGUCACCAACAGCAUUGCUUUGCUUGACCCUUUCACCUUAAGGAUCAGUUUCUUGGAUGCUGAUCAGUAUUGGAGGGUGCCAUUCAAAUCUCUAUCCACUAGCAGGCAACUAGUGGAGUAUAUAGUGUUAGAUGUGGAGAUUGUUUCUUCUGAAGUUAAUGUUGGUGGCUCCAAGUAUUUCUUAGCUGAUGCACAAGUGGCUCGUGUAUCAGAUUUCGGGAAAAAUGAUACAAUUUUCUCCAUCAGAACGCAUCUCGGCCAUCUUUUGAACCCUGGGGAUUAUGCGCUUGGUUACGACUUAUAUGGAGCUAACAGUAAUGAUGGUGAGCUAGAGAAGCACAAGAGUCUGAUCCUCCCAGAGGCAAUUCUGAUAAAGAAGAGCUAUGAAGAGAAGCGCCAGAAGAAGCGCGGGAAGCCUCGUGCAUGGAAGCUUAAAUCCCUUGACAUGGAAGUUGAUGAUAGGAAGGGAAGAGCUGAGCAAGAGAAGAUGAACAAUGAGUACGAACACUUCUUGAAAGAUUUGGAGGAGAACCCUGAAAUGAGGUUUAAUAUAUCAUUGUACCGUAAUAGAGAUUACCAGCCAUCAGAGAUGACGUCUGUGGCUGAUGGAGAUGACUUGCCUUCCGUUCCACUGGAAGAGUUGCUUGCUGAUCUUGAACUAAGUGAAGAGGAGGAAGGUGUGAGUGAUAGCAUGAUGGAGUGAUGAGAAGCUUUUGCUCUUAAAACAUAUUUUCCUUCCUCUGAACUUCUCGUAUGAGUAGCAUUUGCAUUUGUCUUUUUUUUCUUUGCAUUUUUGGUCAGGGUCGCUUGUUUUUCAGUAACUAAAUUAUAUUUUUGCAGUAGAUGGUUUUUUCCCUGUUUUGUUCCUCUUUUCUAUUGUAAUGGCCGUUAUGUUUUAAUGUUGUAAGUUGAUUUAUUCUUGAUAGUCAUGUUUUGGGAUUGUUGGAUGUGAUGAAAGUAUAAAUGCAAUGUUUUAAAUGAAAUAAACCAUAGAAGUUGGCUCUUUAUAGAAGUUUGCUUUUACGUGAAGUACAUUAUUUUGUAGGUCAAUUCAUCCAUAUUUCUCAAGAAACCAUAGAAAGAUCAUAUCAUAUCUUAUUGUUUACCUGCACUAAGACUAUUCAUCCGGGCCGGCUUUUUUCUUGGUCCUGUCCGGAAGGAUAAUCGGGUUCCAGAUGCUGUUUCCGGCCUGGGUUAUAACCUGGCCAAAAACCAGAUCACCCUACCCGAAAACCCGGUACCUGGAUUUUUAAAAAAAAAUUGAUCCCAGUAUCAAAAUGACGCUGUUUGAGAGUUAAAAUCACUUGUCCUGUUUGAUAUCUCAACUCUCAACUCUCAGCCUCAAGAUCUCUCUCUCUCUCUCUCUCUCUCUCUCUCUCUCUUCCUUUGCCGAUACUGAAGCUUCGUUGCCUCGUGGCCGAUCACUCUGUUGCUCCGUCGUCGACUUCAAGAACCCAAGCCCGUCUUUCUAAGAGGAGAAAGUAUCUACUUGGGACAAGAUCAGUGUUGAGUCUAGCACAAUUAAUGGUGUGUUUGAAGUAACCGAGAGUAUCACUGUGGACAUUCUGAACAGUGAGGGCAGUGCAGUUAAUGGUACCAUAGCUAAAGUUAGUUCCAAUGACAAUGAUCAAACCAGUAAAGUUAGAUCUUGAUUGUUUCAAUCACCUUCUCAUUGCUGUUAGAAGCUGUUUUUGCCUUUUGCUUUAUUUAUGAUUCUAAUGCAAUGUUGUGCUUGAUUACAAUGGAUUGAAACAUAAACCAAUUCCUAACACUUUCUCUUCCAGAACCAGCUCUACUUUCUUUGCUGAGACCCCUGAGUGAGCUCAAUCCGCUGCGGUUAAGCUCUAAAAGGUGUACAAGAGUUACAGGACUCAAAGCAACCUUACACAUUGUGCAGUGGUUGUGGAGCAGCUAUGGAGGAAAGCAUUGGACUUUGCUGCUCUAAAGCAGGGUUCUGUGUCGUUCUUUGAUGUUGAGAAACCAGAAACCGCUGUUUCAAGGUGGGUGAGGGCAAAUUAUAGAGCAGCCAAGGCCCACGGUGCUUGUACACCAUAAGAAUUCCAAGCUUCUGCAUAACGUGAUUUUAUAUCUUCUUGAUCUGCUGGAGAAUUAUUUCGAUAUUGAUUAAGAAGAAUUACUAAUAGAAAAAUUAAGAAGGCUAAGAAAUCAAGAGAUUAAUUACCGAGUGCAGGUGGGAAAGGGCUUGUCCAAGUAGAAGUAUGAGAAGGCCCAAAAACUGGCGCUGCAAUACUGGGUUAAUGGCUGCCACUUCAAGAUCAAGGCCAUUGAUUUUCCUGCAAGACCAUGGACAUGGAGCAGCAUGGCCUUCAACAUAGCUUGAGAAGUAGUAGUACUGAAAAGAUUUCUAAACCUUGUGUGAAGCUGGGAAUGGGAAUUAAAAGAAAACUGAGAAGAUUGGUUUUAAAGGGUACGAUUGGGAGGGUGAAAUAAAACAUCAUGAUGUAUGGUUUAUGCCAUUAGUUACUGUGGAUUAUAGUUGGAGAUGUGGGCUAAUGCCGGUGGCAACCUGGAUGCUUAGUGAACAACAAAUGCAAAAUCACCGAAUUUGCGUGUGCUCCAGAGAAAGAAAGGCGAAAAGCGUUCAAUGCUGUGGCUACUGCAGUUUCAAGUGCCGCUGCUCAUACGAGAUUGAUGGAUUGUUGGUUGAUUCAUGAGUAGGAAUAGUGUUCAAGAACUCUUGAACCCCUCGUAGAGAAGGGCCCUAUACACACCACCUUUAAUGUAGAACUUUUCUUUGUUGCCAAUUUGUAAUGUACUAUUUCUUCAAGCUGUAUGCUGCUUUGAUGCUUGCUGCUGUUUCUUGUGUUUGCUGCCUGAUGUUUGUUGCUCUGCUGUUGUGGCUAGCCAUGUUUUCAAUCUAUUCAUUUCUAUGGAGCCAUGGAGUGCUUCAUUGUUAUUAAUAGAAUAUUGUGUUUUGUAA